AUGAGAAUUACAAGAGGUAAAAAAAAAGUUGUUAACCCUAGCCUUAACGACGAAACCACAAGCAGAAGACCCAAAAAAAGAUCAAACUAACAUGUUGUGUUUAUUUGGAUUCCAUCUCAGGCUGGAAUUGGUGGAAACAAAUUAGCAGACCAAAAUGCUAAAAAGGCUGCAACUUCAGAUGGUCUGAUAAACCUGAAACUGCCAGUGGCCAAUAUCAAGAUGGAACAGGAAAUGGCAAGCAUCUCAAUUGAAGCUGCUAGAGCCGAAGUCAAAUUUAGGACCAAUGGUAGCAGUAACCUCCAAUAGAAGACACAAAGUGCUGUCCACACAAGGGUUAUGCAUGAAUUUCACAUCUUAGGUGAACAGGAGCCAAAGUGUGAAGUUUGAAACGUCGAAGUGGUAGUAGCUUAAAUCAAAAAAGAAGAAAGAUACAAAUGAGGAAGGAAUAUGCAUAUUGAAGACACAUACUGAAUGUUGGAUUAUCUCAAAUGAAUGGAAUGCAUCAAAAAAAAGUACGAGAUUUCGAAUCUUGGUUGAUGAGAACCUUGCAAAAAACAACAGUUUGUGAACUAAGUUUCUACAUAUAAAUGAUAUUCAUAAUGUGACAGCUUACCUUACAAAGGGGAGUAAUUUAUAAAAAGUUCACUGUUAUUCACACUUCAACAAAAAUAUUAACCAGGACCAGGCGAAAAGUGUGAAGCACAGCCCAGCCGACAUUAUACGAACAGUGUUCCCAGACCAGAUGACUUUUUUUAUUAUCAGUAGGUGUUAUUACGUCUCUGACCUAUGAGCUGUAAAUUUUAGUAGUUACCUGUAAUGGUCAAAAUAGCAGUUAUCAUAAAUAAGCAGAACUCUUUUUAGCUCAACAAUUCACUCAUAGAUGGUACCUUCCGUGCUACCAGAUUUGUUAUUUGAACAGCAGGUCUCUGAUUUUAGAAACGCAUUUGUCUCACGUAGUGUGAUUUGACAUUAUAAAACUUGUGCGUAUUUUUUUAUUUUCCAUAAAUACUUAAUUGCGAAUUGUGUUCACUACCACAGGUGUUUGAUUUGACACAAAUAUCACAGGUAAAGCUUGCGAGUUAUGAAGCAGGUUUUGGUACCAUAAAAAUCUGGCAACACUCAUCAAUAGCGGGUGCUGCUAUCUAUGAGUGAAUAAGUGAACCGUACACGAUGAGUCUAACUUGAAUUUAUAUUCUGGUUCAAAGGCGUAGUUACAUUAUUUUUAAAAAAG